UCACCUUUUUCCCCUCUCUUAAUUUAAAUUAUUUUUCUGAGCAUUUCAUUUUAAGGUUUAUUUUCUAUCCUUGACGUAAAUUGGCUGGGCCAGUUUCAUCAACGAUUUUUCUGGUAGGCAAAUAUACACGAGGAAUAGUUUAUUAUACAAAAAUGCUUCUCCAUUCAGUUUUUUUCUGCUAAGUUUAUCUUGGGAAAGCUGCCACAUUUUUAAAGUAUAAAAAUAAACAAUAUAGUUAGUCUUUUAGAUUCUUUCUUCUAAUUCCUGCAACUGUGUUUGCAUCUUUAAUGCCCUUGCAAAACUUCAACACUUUCUAUUAUAACUUUAUUAUAAGUAUUUAUAUUGAAUAUAGAUUAUAAUUAUUUGUACUACAAACAAAUCUUAAGACCUAUAUUGCAGGAUGCAUUUCUUCAAAUUGUUUUUACUUUUUACCAUACCAAAUAAAGGAAGCAAAAUCCUACAAGAUAAGAUUGUGAGGUUUAAAAGUCAGCUAAUUGGCAUUUUUUAAAACUUUUACCUUCUAAAUAAGCACUAAAUUCUACCACCUAAUAAAUACUAGUAAUUGGAUUUUUCCUUAGAUCAAGUUAAAAUGAGAAACAUUUGUCCUUAUAAUAAUGUUUAAUGAUGUACAUGAACCAUUUCUGCUAUAUAUUUUUCCUGCUAGAAUAAUCUCUAUAAAUGAUUUUGGAAAUGUUUUGAAUGGCUUAAUUUCAAAUGUAUGGGGUGAGUAUAUAGUCAUCAUUGUGCCCUCUGUUGCACCAUUACAAAAUUCUGCAUCACCUGUUUUGUGGUACAUUAAACAACAGAAAAUUGAAAAGCUAUUUUGAAGUCAUUUGUAAAGCAUGAGUGAAAGACGAAGGAAACACUUGAACAAUCAAUUUGACAUUGAUAAAAAUGGUUGUAAGCAUCAUUAUAUUUCUUAUAUGUUAAUACUAAAGUGAAACCAGUGUUGAAUGAGGUUAAGAAUUGUGUAAGAAAGACCUCUGCUAUUGGUUUUUUAUUAUCUCCCCCAACUACAAGUUCAAAAAUCUAAUCUUUAGGUAAACCAUAGACACACUUCCAGAUUUCCUGUGUUUUUGAAUGAAAGGUGAUGCUCAGGCAAAGUCAGAACAGGAACACAAGUCCCUUAAAACAUAAUCUGGUUAUUAAAUGAACCUUCAUGAUUUUUAAUUCCAGCCUGAUCUAGUAGGCUGUGCCAUUCUUGAAUUCUAAUAAAUAAUUCAAGAACUAAAAAUUUGAUUCCACUGAAAUCCCAGCAACACUACUUAAGUAUUUGUCAUAUUCUGAAAUAAACCAUUUUCCAUAUGAUUCAAUUGGCAUUACGAAUUUAGACAGAGAUGUAUCUGAUUGGGAAUUGGAUUCUCAUGCAUUUUACAAGUAUUUACAUAGCUACUAAAUUUCAGCUCUUCCCAAAGUUUUUGUUAGGUACAGUUGCCCCCAAAAAAUCAUGGCAUUUUAUCACAUACCAACUGUCUAGCCUGGUCCUCACUUGCAACGAAAUGAGAUAACAGUGAAUUGAACUGCAGAUGAAGGAAUUUCUGGUUUUUAAUUCUAUAAUAUAAUGUUUUUAUGAGAAGUUUUUAUUGAUACUAUUUUUUUUAAUACAGAGAAGUAUUGAAAACCAAUUAUUUCUAAUCUGGGAUAUAAUCUCAUGCUGCAUGCUUAGAGUAGUUAAAAGCAUUUCUAAAUAGAUUAUGUUAGAAUUAAAUGUUUAAAAUAGACAAAUUUCACAUUCCUAAUUGGCUCUGAGGAUUGAGCUAUAUACUGCAAGGGAGUAAUACAUUCCAAGAGAAUUUUUUUUUUCUUUCCUCUCAUCUCAAAAAUAAAACAUUGCAGUGGCAGUUUUAGAGUACUGACUUACACAGGUGUCUUAACUGUCUUAGCCCUUCUCUACAGCUACUGAUGUUUGAAACUGAAAAGGAGCUUUGAUUGCCAGCUGACAUAUAGCAGAACAUAUGUCAGCUGACAUAUGGCAGAAAUCUUUUUUUUUAACCACAUACAGGUGAAGUUAUUUGAUUCCUGCAGGUAAGCUGCUCUUUCAAUACACUGCAGAAAAAGUUAAUAAAAAGUUUAAAAUACAGCAUUAUCACUAACAUAAAUUUGUGCAUAAAUCUGAUUCCCAUUCUGUCUCCCAGAAUCAGUGCACUAUGUACUGGGACUGUUACCUAAGAAAUUUUGAAGGGUGAUUCCAAUAAAUCACUGGAUUUCCUUGCUGCCCCAGAUAUCAUAUCAUAUAUUCUGAGUGACUCACUAUAAAAAUAGAGAAACACAUAAAGCAGCAUUUCAGCAUAAAAUCCAAUAAAGUUAAAAUUACAGCAACUACAUAGAUACAUUUUAGGUGAUUAGAAAUGCCCAAACAGGGAGGCGGACUUAAGAUGGGGUUAGAUUUGCAUUGUUGCACAGCCAUUAGAGCAGGAGUCCCCGGCCCCAUUCCAUGGACCAGCACUGGGCCACAGCAUGACAGAAACCGGACUGCAAACAAAAUGGGGUAUAGGCAGCAUGGAAAACCAUGCCCCCUCUGGUCCAUGGAAACUACACGAAACUGGUGCCUAGUGCUCAAAAGCUUGUGGGAGGUCAUACUAGAGAACCAGGACUGACCCCACCACACCCCUCCCAGGCUCCAUGGAACCUUAUCUAUCAUUUCCCAAGAGAAGGCAAGCAAUCUGAGGAGAUUGCUGUAUAAUAAGCAGAAUGUAAUUAGCUUGAACUCUACAUGUGUGGAUUUGGCUGCUUGUACUUGACAGCAUUGUUUCUUACAACCGCUUUGUAAAUCUGGCAGAGAAGGAUCCCAUUCCUCAAAAAAUGGGCAGUUAUCUUAUUCUUCCUUAGGGCUACAGCAACAUCCCUUCUGAGUAUGGGCAGAAUCAAAAAGUACAUGGUCAUGAAGGUAAUAAGGAUGCAAGCCAUAAACCACAGGUAUUCUAAGUCAUCCCCAGCAUUUUGUACUUUGAAAGCUUUUAAUAACUAGUGUCAUAUCGUAGCAUAGCUGCUUCUUUGCUAAAAUAGUUUUCAACUGGACAGUUAGAUUUUUAAACAAUUGUAAUUUCCCUACAUUGUAAAGGGCAGCUCCAAGUAGAACACACAGUAAUCAAGGGUGGACUGAUAAGGGUAUGAUUGACUGUUACGCAGGUCUCACAUUCCACCACAAGCAAAGGUGGUUGGUGUACUAGAUGAAACUCAGUAAAGGUCUUGCUGUCCAUGUUUGUACUUGCUUUCAAACAGGAUCUUGAAUCCAAGAGAAACCCACUGCUCCAUCUGAUGGAGUUUGACCCAAUCUAAAAUCAGUGUUGAAACUGACACGAAGCCAAAUGACUUCUGGACCUACAGCUUUUUUAUUUUUAUUUAUUUUUAUUUGGGGGGGGGGCUUUGCUGGCUGGGAAAUUCUGGGAGUUGAAGUCCGCCAGGCUUAAAGUUGACAAGGUUGGAGACCCCUGAUUUAUAAUUGAAUCUGUUUCAUCCCAUUGAGUCUCUCACAGCUUCCAUACACCAGAUUAGGAUUCCCACUGGGGCUCCUGCUUAACCAAGAAGUAGAGAUGCAUAUCUGGCAACAGUUGCCUGUUCUUUCUCUGAUAUUUCCAAUAAAACCCCCCAGGAGACUGAGCUAAUACAAUGUGAAGCUCUCCAUUUCCUUGGCUUCCACGGGUUCAAAAGAAUGCUAGGUGACUUCACAAGAGAUUGCCUCAGUCACCUCAUUGGUUUCUGCCCAUGAUGUGUCCAACUCACAUGAGCAAUUUUAUCCAGAAAACACCUAGUAAGUCACAGUGGCUUUUAAAUCUGCCAGUAGAUUCAAAGAUACUGUAUGAAUAUUACUUUUCUAAUCCCUUCCAUUCCAUGCAUCAAUGUUUGUCAUAGAUCCCUUUUUAAAAAUUUCUUCCUAGUUCCCUUUUCCUUUUCUUCCUUUAUGCUUCCAUGUGUCAUAUAUUCUUAUGUUCAUUUCUACACGUUCUGUUCCCCCAAAAAAAUCAGAAAUAGCAAUGAGGUAGCCAUAAAGUAUCUAGCUUCUCACACAGCCUCUUUCAUUCUGAAAAUAACGUUUUUUGGGCCCACAUUUUCAGAAAGAGCUGAUUGCAAUUCAGCCGUUGGAAUAAAUGCUGUCUUAAGAAAAUGGCACCCUUUUUUUCACAUUAUAGAGUAAGAUACACCACGCUAGGAUGGGGUUUUAGGAUGAGAACUGGCAGGUGACUUGACACAGAGAGAACAGCGGAAAUACUUUAAGCUAGAAUAAUGAAAAUUGACAAGCAGGAGUCCUUCAGCUGUUCCUCUUUCUUCCCCCAAUCCUCGGUUGCCAAGAAACAGCCUGCUUGCUUCUUCUCUCUCUCAAACCAUUAUUUAUCUCUCAUGGUCUCCCAAAAGUAGUUUCUUAACUAAAAAAUCUCCCAGGGGUUUCAACUUUCCUUGUAAAGUAGAUAGAACAAUCUCCUGGUUGUUUUUGAUUGUUCCUUUUUGCAUUUUUAACAGUCGUAUAGCAUUCUGUUUUUAAAACAAAAAUCAGAUUGUCAAAACUGAAAUAAAAUAGUGUAUAUAAAAUGUUUGUUUCUAGCUCUAUCUAGUGACCAUCUCACUAGAAAUAAUUCUGGUGAUUUAUUUUUUUCCCCUGUUAAUUGGUUGAAGAAAAGUUUUCUCCUUUUAAAGCUCUGAAACGUCAUCUCCAACCUCCCUUCAUUUUGCGUUUGCCACUAUACAUGAACUCGUUGAAGAAAGGCUCCAUUUGGCCUCUCUGAUGUAUUUAUAUAAAGGCAGUGCAGAGGGAAGGAGAUUGGUUGCUCCGGCUCGCUUUCUGACCUUGGGGGUUACCAAGUCUGACAUUCCUGUGAGAUCACAUGGCAAGGAUUGGCAGGCACAGCUGUCCCCAGUGGAAGGGAGGGGCUUGGGAGGGUCCAUUCCGAUUGAAUUUCACUCCAGCCACUUAGGCUCUUUCCUGCUUUCCUUGCUGUGCUUUUCUUGUCUUCCACUUUGUUUGUGGCCUGGCUUGUAGAAAGCUCUGAUAGGAUAGCAACACGGAGGAUGCUAUUCUAGAAGAUCAGGGUGGUUGCUUUAACAUUUGGGUGGGCCUUUCUUUCCCAUCUCCGAUUGACAUUCCUCCAGGCUGAGCCAUUAGAGAUUCCGGUGGGCCCUGAGAGUUGGCACCAUGCAGUCCAUCCUCCUGUUUUAGCACCAACUUCACUGUAAUUGUUUCUUUUAGCCCAUCUAAUACAGCCACUCCGACAGGUCUACUCUUCUGACAAGUUGGUAUAUGCAGCUCCGGAGCACGAAGAAGAUGGGACAGGACCAGACCAAGCAGCAGAUAGAAAAAGGACUCCAAUUGUAUCAGUCCAGUCAGACAGAAAAGGCCCUUCAAGUCUGGUUGCGGGUUUUGGAAAAGAGCACAGAUGCAGCUGGCAGGUUUCGAGUUCUGGGAUGCCUCAUCACUGCUCACUCGGAGAUGGGCAGGUACAAAGAUAUGUUAAAGUUUGCAGUCAUGCAGAUUGACACCGCCCGAGAACUGGAGGAUCCUGACUACCUUACUGAGAGCUACCUGAAUUUGGCACGGAGCAACGAGAAGCUCUGCGAAUUCCCCAAAACCAUCUCCUAUUGUAAGACCUGCCUGAACAUGCGAGGUACAACAUUGGGCCUGCAACUAAAUGGCCAAGUCAAUCUCAGCAUGGGCAAUGCCUACCUUGGCCUCAGUGUCUUCCAAAAAGCUCUGGAGUGUUUUGAGAAAGCUCUACGGUACGCACACAACAAUGAUGACAAGAUGCUUGAGUGUCGCGUCUGUUGCAGCCUAGGAAAUUUCUACACACACCUCAAAGACUAUGAAAAAGCUCUGUUUUUCCCGUGCAAGGCAGCAGAGCUGGUGAAUGAUUAUGGAAAGGGCUGGAGUUUAAAGUACCGAGCAAUGAGCCAGUUCUACAUGGCUGUAGCCUAUCGGAAACUGGGGCGCUUGCCAGAUGCUAUGGAAUGCUGUGAGGAAUCAAUGAAGAUUGCCCUUCAGCACGGAGAUCGUCCUUUGCAAGCACAGUGCCUGCUCUGCUUUGCUGAUAUCCACCGCAGCCGAGCAGAUGUACAGACAGCUUUUCCCCGCUAUGAUUCCUCCAUAAGCAUCAUGACUGAAAUUGGAAACCGUCUGGGACAAGUUCAGGUGCUGCUUGGUGUAGCCAAGUGCUGGCUGAUGCAAAAGGACCUCGACAAGGCAUUAGAAAAUAUUGAGAGGGCUCAUGAGCUGGCAGAGGGAUUAGGAAACAAACUUUGUCUGCUGAAGGUUCAUUGCCUCUGUGAAGGGAUCUAUCGCACAAAGGGUCAGCAGAGGGAGCUUCGUAAUCAUGUGGUGAAGUUCCACGAAUGCGUUGAAGAAAUGGAACUCUACUGUGGCAUGUGUGGUGAAUCCAUUGGUGACAGGAACCACCAGCUACAGGCAUUGCCUUGUUCCCAUGUUUUCCACUUAAAGUGCCUGCAGACUAACGGAAAACGAGGUUGCCCCAACUGCCGUCGUUCAUCAGUUAAACCAGGGUUUGUGUGAUCUGCUGAUCAAUGGAUGACCUAAGAAAAUUCAUCCAGUAGGUGUGAAAAGACGGAGCCCUGGAGCAGUUCUGUUACCUGAUCUAGAGAUGAAACCCAUCAUAUAGAUACAAAAUCUCCACCAGAAUUGAUGGAAAAUGCAGACCUAGAUCUUUGUCAUGACUUUUCACGCAUCUUCCAGGAAUUCUGUAUCAUCUCCUUUUUCAAAGAAGAUACAGUAACCACCCUUGCUCCCUCAACAACAUGUUAGCUUGACCUUCCACAAUCUCAAUUUGAUUUUAAUUUUAAUUUUCUGCUUCUUUUGAUAGCUUCCUUCAGGGCCAACUCUGACACUCAUACUUCACUUCUUUUUAUUCAUUCCUCAUGGGAAGCAUACUGAUCCUGCCUACAUAAUGCUACUUGGACUGGCACAGUAUUGCUUUCUUGUAGGCAUGGUGACAGCUACUCUUUUCCAGACAUUGCUUGAAGUUACUUCAACUUAACAUUCUGACUGAUGUUUUUUUGUAAUUUAUAUUGGUACCUAACAGCUGUUAAUGCUUUAAAACAACUGUUAAACCAUUCAUAAUAUGUCUUUUUCCAUUUGCAAAGAACAUUUCCCAACUUGAUGCUCCCCAAAUGAUUUCCAGAAUUUUUGGGUAGCCUGGGAAUUAUGGGAUUGAACGUCCAAAUUGUCUGAAAGGAGCCAGAUUGGGCAACUAAUUUUAUGUCAGAGUCAGACUGUGAUGUCCCACCUGCCUCUCAGCAAUGUAACUGUCAGUAUGUCUCUAUUUUCAGUGUACUUCAGUGUCCUUCAGUUCUUCUGAAAGUAUCUGAUGCCUUUGGUUUGCUUACAUUCUCACAGAACAUUCAUUUCUGACUGGGACUGGGAGGUGGGGGGAGCCUUAUAGCGUUCCAGGGAAUGUUUCUUGCCUUGUAUUCCUCUCCAUCAUCUUGUAAUGUUAUAUGGGCAGUGAUUGGUCCAAUCAUGGAAUUGUCAGCAAUAUAUUUAUACUUUCUGUAAACUGUUUAUACUGGAAUAAAUAAAAUCAUAGUCUUGAAGUCAGUAUUUUCUAAAGUUGUAUCUAUGUUUUCAUCUUUUAGAAAUUGCAGAAAGAAAGAAAAAAGAUGUAUAUUGACUAAAAUAUAUAUGUGCAUGUUGUGGGGGAUAUAGAUGAGUGAUGGUAUGAGUCAUCUGAAAAGUGGCCCAAAGGCACUAGCAAAGGAAGACCAAGGACAGAUCUUGUAUCCCCAGAGCACGAUUAAGAUAAAGGCAGAUUUAGAACCUACAAUAUUCUAGGGAGCCAGAAUAGUUCAUAGAAUGAUACGUUGGAGGGAUACAGGCAGAAUUCAAGAGGCUGGAUGUUGGAGAAAGGAGCGCGGAAAAGAGGAAUCAGCAGGGGCUCAAGAGAAGGAAGGAAUAUAAAGGAAA